GCUUCCUGCCGCCGCUCGCUUCGUCCACGCCGGCGCCAGAGCCCGAGCCUCAGCCCGCUCCAGGCCGGGGCGUCGAGCCGCCAGCGGCGCGGCCAUGUGGGGCUAGUCCGCGCCGCUCACCCUGCAGCGGACCGGCAACAUGGAGGCAGCCGUCGGCGCGCCCGACGGCGCGGAGCAGGGCGGCGUGGGGCCGCUCGAGGAUGCGACGCCCAUGGACGCCUAUUUGCGCAAACUGGGCUUGUAUCGGAAAUUGGUCGCCAAGGACGGGUCGUGCUUGUUCCGGGCUGUGGCCGAGCAGGUACUGCACUCUCAGUCUCGCCACGUGGAGGUUAGAAUGGCUUGUAUUCACUACCUUCGAGAGAACAGAGAGAAGUUUGAAGCGUUUAUAGAAGGGUCGUUUGAAGAAUAUUUAAAACGUUUGGAAAAUCCACAGGAAUGGGUAGGACAAGUGGAAAUAAGUGCCCUUUCUCUUAUGUACAGGAAAGAUUUUGUAAUAUAUCAGGAGCCAAAUGUUUCACCUUCACAAGUAACUGAAAAUAAUUUUCCUGAAAAGGUGUUACUGUGUUUUUCGAAUGGAAAUCAUUAUGAUAUUGUCUAUCCUAUAACAUAUAAAGAUAGUUCUGCUGUGUGUCAGUCUCUCCUUUAUGAAUUGCUGUAUGAGAAGGUAUUUAAAACUGAUGUUAGUAAAAUCAUGAUGGGACUAGAAACGUCUGAAGUGGUUGAUGAAAGCAAUAGUGAAAUAUCAGAUUCUGAGGAUGACAGCUGCAAGAGUAAGAGUACUGCUGCUACUGAUGUGAAUGGAUUUAAGCCUUCAGGCAGUGAGAACCCAGAGAACAAUGGGAAUGUGGCUGACCUUCCUCUGUCCAGAAAGGUUCUUAAGUCGCUCAACCCAGCAGUCUAUAGAAAUGUGGAGUAUGAAAUUUGGCUGAAGUCCAAACAAGCUCAACAGAAACGUGAUUAUUCCAUUGCUGCUGGAUUACAAUAUGAAGUUGGAGAUAAAUGCCACGUUAGAUUGGAUCAUAAUGGAAAAUUUUCUAAUGCAGAUAGUCAUGGCAUUCACUCUGAGAAUGGACCAGUUUUAUCAGAAGAACCGGGAAAAAAACAUACACCGAAGAACCUCAAGCCCCCUCCCCCAGAAAGCUGGAACACAGUGUCAGGAAAGAAGAUGAAAAAGUCUAAUUCAGAUCGUUUUGUGUUUUCCACAGAUACGGAUUACAGAGGGCCAAAGAGUCUAAGCAAGCCAAUAAAAGCCCCAUCAGCACUACCUCCUCGACUACAGCAUCCUCCUUCGGGUGUAAGACAGCAUGCAUUCUCUAGUCAUUCUUCAGGGUCCCAGUCUCAAAAAUCCUCCAGUGAGCAUAAGAAUCUAAGUAGGACACCCUCACAGAUCAUAAGGAAACCUGAUCGUGAAAGAGCUGAGGAUUUUGAUCACGUGAGUCGUGAAUCUUACUAUUUUGGCCUCUCCCCAGAAGAACGCAGAGAAAAACAAGCUAUUGAAGAGUCUCGUUUAUUGUAUGAGAUUCAGAACCGGGAUGAACAGGCUUUUCCUGCCCUAUCUAGCCCAUCAGUCAGUCAGUCCCCUCAGAAUAGCAACUCAUGUGUCCAGAGGAAGUCUUCACAUGCAAGGGAUAGAAAAGGAAGCAUGCGGAGAACAGAUGCAGAAGAACGGAAGGACAAAGAUUCCCUACGUGGCCAUACUUAUGUGGAUAAAAAAACCGAGUCAAGCACACUGGAGGUCAGUGAUGAUAAAUGUACAAGAGUUUCAUCACCAUCUAAGACAAAGAAAGUAGACUGCCCAUCUCCUGUAGAACAAAAGCCAGCAGAACAUAUAUCUUUGUCAAAUCCAGCUCCCCUUUUAGUCUCUCCAGAAGUCCAUCUCACUCCUGCGGUGCCUUCUUUACCAGCCACUGUGCCAGCCUGGCCAAGUGAACCUACAACUUUCGGACCAACAGGUGUCCCUGCUCAGAUUCCCAUUUUGUCAGUGACACAGACAACUGGACCCGAUGCUGCUGUGUCACAAGCGCAUUUAACACCUUCUCCAGUUCCUGUGUCAAUUCAGGCAGUUAACCAGCCCUUGAUGCCUUUGCCUCAGACGAUGAGCCUUUAUCAAGACCCACUCUAUCCUGGGUUUCCUUGUAGUGAGAAGGGAGACCGAGCCAUUGCACCACCUUACUCACUGUGUCAGACCGGCGAGGACCUGCCUAAAGAUAAGAACAUUCUUCGAUUCUUCUUCAAUCUUGGUGUAAAGGCAUAUAGUUGUCCUAUGUGGGCCCCACAUUCUUACCUGUAUCCUCUGCACCAGGCCUACAUGGCAGCCUGUAGGAUGUACCCAAAGGUCCCUGUUCCUGUGUAUCCUCAGAAUACUUGGUUCCAAGAAGCCCCUCCUGCUCAGAGUGAAAGUGACUGUCCUUGUCCUGAUGCCCACUACUCUAUGCAUCCCGAGGCCAGUGUUAAUGGACAGAUGCCACAGGCAGAGAUUGGUCCUCCUGCAUUCUCUUCACCUCUGGUUAUCCCUCCGUCUCAGGUGUCUGAAGGUCAUGGACAAUUGUCUUACCAACCUGAACUUGAGUCUGAGAAUCCCGGGCAACUUCUUCAUGCUGAAUAUGAAGAAUCACUAAGUGGCAAGAACAUGUACCCACAACCGUCCUUUGGACCUAACCCGUUCUUAGGUCCCGUUCCUAUUGCACCUCCUUUCUUUCCUCAUGUUUGGUAUGGGUAUCCAUUUCAGGGAUUUGUGGAAAAUCCUGUCAUGAGGCAGAAUAUUGUCUUGCCCUCUGAUGAGAAAGGGGAACUGGAUUUGCCCUUGGAGAAUCUAGAUCUGUCUAAAGAAUGUGACUCUGUCCCAGCAGUGGGUGAGUUUCCGGAACCCAGAGUUGAAGCAAGUGUGAGCAGCAAGCAUGAAGGCCGAGUGGAACAGUCAUCCCAGACACGAAAGGCAGACAUUGCUUUGGCUUCAGGUUCUCCUGGAACAGAGGGAAAGGCUCAUCCUCCCACUCAGAUUCUAAACAGAGAGAGAGAAACCAUGUCUGCUGAACUUGAGCCUAAGAGGACCAUUCAGAGUGUGAAAGAAAAACCAGAGAAAAUGAAAGAUCCCAAGGCUGCUGCUGAUGUAGCUGGCCCUGGGGCCAACUCUGUGGAUAGAUUGCAAAGACCAAAAGAAGAGAGUUCAGAAGAUGAGAAUGAAGUGUCUAAUAUAUUGAGAAGUGGCAGACCCAAGCAGUUCUAUAAUCAAACUUAUGGAAGCAGGAAAUACAAAAGUGAUUGGGGUUCUUCUGGUAGAGGUGGAUAUCAACAUGUGAGAGGUGAGGAGUCCUGGAAAGGGCAGCCUAACAGAAGCCGGGAUGAAGGUUUUCAGUACCAUCGAAAUGUUAGAGGACGCCCAUAUAGGGGAGAUAGGAGGAGAUCAGGGGUGGGAGAUGGCCACAGGGGACAGCACACUUAAUGGCUAGUUGUUGCUCGUAUUGUAGAGCUGAAGCCUUUUCGUAGGUGGAGUAUUUCUGAAGGCUUUAAAAACAUUAAAAUAAAAACCCAAAUUGGAACUAUCUCCUCCCUUCCCCAUUUACCCUUAAUUCCUAUUCCAGAAUAGGAUGAAACUUUGGACAUGAGUUCAAGGGGUAGAUGAAUUUUUGGCAUUGUGUUUUUUCUUACUCAGAAUCUGUUUAUUGGGUUACUGCCCCCAUAAAAAGCAAACAUGACUUCAAGUAUUUUUUUAUAAACAACUCAAUUAUAAAACAUAGACAUAGUGUUUGUUUCUUUUCCUCUGGUGUAAGUUUGAUUUUAAAACAUUGGAAAUGUGUGCUUUUAGCGUUUACUGAAGUGACAAGAAAGUAAAGCAUUCAACACACUAUAGAUUGCAAAACGUAACAUUGCACCAAAUAGAAAUGUAUAUUUUAUUAUGCAAUGCCUUAGUCAUAAACUGGGCUCAAACAGUUCUCAGCCUCAAACACUGUUGUCUUUUAAUAUGCUUCCAACCCAAAGGCCUUUCAUCUCAGUAUCUGUCAAACUUGAAUAACGUCUUCUCUCUACUAUUACACACGAGGCAGCCUAUUAACCUGUGUCUCAGAAUUGUUGUAUAUAGUUCUUUUAAUAUCCAUAGGGUAUAUUUUUGAAUUUUGGUGAGUAUUUGUUGACCUUGAGAUUGCAUACAAUAGAUGUUUAAGAAAUAGUAGGAAGUCCGGUGAGACGCUGUUUCCAUCCAGAACUUAGCACUGCUGUAAAUAUCAUGGUGCCUACCCGAAAGGAAUGUAGAUGCUAUGCAUUUUGAGAAUAAUCUGCAUCUGUUAAAACUGCAGAGGUUUUUAAUGCCACUUUAACACUAAUGCACUGACAGAUUCUAAAUAUUUUGUGAGAAAUGUUGAAAUUUUUAACUUGAUAGGCUUCUCUAUAGAGUGUUUUCCUCCCUGCUCAUUGGUUAUUUUUAUCACUUUACAGUUGCAUGUUCAACUUGUCAUAGCUGGAAUUACUGUAUAAAAAGAACGUGAUUGUGACUUCUAGUUUUUCUAGAGGAUGCUGCUAGAGGUGGCUUAGCUUUGCUUUUCGUAGCUCUUCCCCAUCAGUGCUGUGUCUGAUCUGCUUUUUUGGUCUGCAGUAUUCACUAGAGGCUCCUUUGCAUGUUGUGUUCUGUUUUCAUUUAGAGAUUGGACUCAGACAAGUUAACACAGUAUUCACUCAUCUGUGUUACUUUGUGAAACUAACUGUACUUUGUAUUUCUUAUUCGUAUAUAUCAAUGUGAAAAUCUACCUUUUUUUUUUUAAAUGUUGCAAUUACCUUGUGAUCAGGCAGCUUGAAUGCUAUGCAAUUAGUAGUAUGGUGGUGAUUUUCUUUGCAUGUUCUGUGUAAUAUACCUAACCAGAAAUAGAUGUGGCUUUUGUUUUGGGGGGCAGAUUACUUAAAAGCGAAUACAGUUAACUUGAAUAUGACAAAUGGAAGCAGACAGUUUUCUGGGUCCUCUGAUGCUUGUGGGAAUGUUUGGCUGUCAGCUAGGCUCAGUGAAGCUCCACUGUACUGUUUACCUCUGUGUUGUUCCAAAUACCCUCAUGUCUGUGUAACUGCUGAUUUGAGUAGUGAUUAGCAUUUAGAAAUUUUGUAACAUAGGACUUUAGAGAGCACUUUGAAAGAUAACAUUUUAUUAAUGAUGGUGCUAGGUAAAAAUUUUAUAGCCUGGGAUGUGCUGAAAAAAAUUGAGAACCUAUUUUAAAGGAAUUUGUUGUCUUCUAAGCUAGAAUGGUUGUGAAGGUUCUGUGUUGUGGUGCUUCAGUAUCUGGCUGGACUAUGGUAAGGACUGUAGAGGAGCUUCUUAGUCCGUGCUUUUAUGUAGAAUUGGCUUUAUUGCGUAGUUUCAAGAUGAAAAUCACCUUUUGAUAUAAUAAAGUAGAUUUAGAAGUUUGAUACAUGCUUGGUCUCAGGAGUCCAAAAGAAGUAGCUGUUUCCAAUGUCCUGUGUUUUUCUGACUGGGCAAAUGGUUAAAAAUUGGACAGGAAAGAGUAAUGCUUGGUUUCUUACAGUGGCUCUGUCUCACCUUAGUGAAGAACAGUGGUUAGUAGCUCCUGAGGGAAGUUGAUGAGCUUGUUUCCUUACCUGACCUCUGGGAUGUGACGAAUGAACAGUGAAAGAACUCUAGCCUGUGGUACUUUCUUUGUGACCUCUGACUUCAGUAGUUUUAAAAUGAUCAAUCUUGUAUGAAGGUCAGUUUUCUUUCUUUAGGUAUGUGUUUAGGUGUAAUUCAUCCAGGGGAUUUUGCCUUAUCCUAAGGUCAGACUAGUGCCAAGCAAGCCUUUUUUCCUCACAUGAACUGACCUGUCAUACUGUAUUUUGGAACAUACUGUAUUCUACACAAGGAAAGGGGGAAAUGACAACUAAAAGUUCUUUGUAUUGUAAUUGGGAAAUGAUGAAACCUUAUGAUGGGAUCCAUUGAAGAAACGCUUCCCCUGACCAAAGCUCAUCUGUUUUGUUUAGGUGCUUUAGUUGUACUAGACCCCGCCUCUUCCUUCCAGUACUGUGUCUCCUCAAGUUACUUCCUCUCAAGGCACAUCCUCCAUUCUUCCCUGUGUACUCCUUGGCAGCCUUCAUGUUGUUUCCUCUAAGUUUGUUUCAUAGC